UGGCGUUUGGAAUAAAAACUCCUCAGAAACAUUCCAAAUGCACAAGUGGUUCUCAUCUUCUUUGCAGUUUAAAACUUGAGUGGAGAUUUGAGGAAAACUACAUUGGAUCACUCAGUUUCUUUUACCGGGUCAUCUGAACAGUGUACCAUUCUAUGAUGGAUUCUUCCAAACAUGACUACUUUGAAUACUUUGGCAGAGUCCAUGGAAUUCUAAUGUAUAAAGAUUUUGUCAAAUAUUGGGAUGAUGUGGAGGCAUUUGAGGCAAAACCAGAUGACAUUGUCAUUGCCACCUAUCCCAAAUCUGGCACAACCUGGGUUAGUGAAAUUGUGUACAUGAUUUAUAAAGAAGGUGAUGUGGAAAAGUGCAAAGAAGAUGUCAUUUUUAAUCGAGUACCUUUCCUGGAAUGCAGAAAAGAAGAGGUGAUGAAUGGAAUAAAACAAUUAAAAGAGAUGGCAUCGCCUAGAAUAGUGAAGACUCAUCUCUCAGUGAUGCUUCUUCCAGCCUCAUUUUGGGAAAAGAACUGUAAGAUGAUCUAUCUUUGUCGGAAUGCCAAGGAUGUGGCUGUUUCUUAUUAUUAUUUCUUUCUAAUGGUAUCUGCUCAUCCAAAUCCUGGAUCUUUUCCAGAAUUUGUAGAGAAAUUCAUGGAAGGAGAAGUUCCUUAUGGUUCCUGGUAUGAACAUGCAAAAUCUUGGUGGGAAAUGAGAAAGAAUCCACGUGUGCUGUUUCUUUUCUAUGAAGACAUGAAGGAGGAUAUCAGAAGAGAGGUGAUAAAAUUGAUAGAAUUUCUUGGAAAGAAGCCAUCAGAGGAGCUUGUGGACAAGAUUGUACAACAUACUUCAUUCCAAGAGAUGAAAAACAAUCCAUCUACCAAUUACACAACACUACCAGAUGAAGUCAUGAACCAAAAAAUAUCUCCUUUCAUGAGAAAAGGAAUUGCAGGAGACUGGAAGAAUCACUUCACAGUAGCCCUAAAUGAGAAAUUUGAUAGGCACUAUGAGCAACAAAUGAAGGGGUCUACACUGAAAUUACGAACCGAGAUCUAAGAAGGGUUUUCUUAAGAUGUCUGAGAGGAAAGCUUUCUUCUCAUCAUUCCUCAACUUUUCCUACUUUAAAUUAAUAGAGGAGUCAUGUGAAAGAUUAAGGUCAGGUUCACAUGAUUAUAGAGAUCUUCAUAUAAAAAAGACAAGGACUUUUUUCCUGCUGUUAUAUUUUUAUUUUCUUUCUCUUCUCCUCUUCUAUUCUCCUCCUCGUUCUCCUCCUUUUCCUUGUUUUUGCAAAUAUUAUGCAAAGAUAUAAUCUAUGCGAGUGGUAUAGGAAGACACAGAUAGUUUGAGUUGUCAGAGGUUCAUUAAAAAUAAUAAAGCUCUCCAAAUUA